AUGCUCUCCUACCUCAGCAAGCUGCUGCCGCGGCUAGAGCACGCGCCAGGCAUCGCAGCCGCGGCGGGGACAGCCGGCGCCGCGACUUUCGUUGCGUCGCAGUUGCCGUCGCAGCUGCACAUCUCGGCGAUCCCAGUCUCUAUCGUGCUCGGCGCUGCAGCCGGCAACGCGGCGCCGUCGGCGGUGACUGCGGCGAUUAAGCCGGGCCUGUCCUACGCCACGUCCAACAUCCUGCGCACUGGCAUCGUCUGCGUCGGAGCCAAGCUCUCCGCGGCCCAGAUCCUCGCGCUCGGCUGGACGACUGUGCCCGCAGCGGCGUGCUCAGUCGGCGCCGGAGUGACUAUAAUCCCGAUGCUCGCGGCGCGCUUCGGCCUGGCGCCGCGCCUCGGCGCUCUCCUCGCGUGCGGCACCUCGAUCUGCGGCGUCACCGCCAUCUCCGCCGUCGCACCCGCCAUCGCCGCCACGCAAGCCGAGGUCGCCAUCGCCGUCGCCAACGUCGUCGCCUUCGGCAGCGUCGGCAUGCUAGUCUACCCGCACGUCGCCGCCGCCCUCUUCCCGCCCUCCGACUCGCGCGCGAUCGGGCUGUUUCUCGGCCUCGCCGUCCACGACACGGCGCAGGUGAUGGGAUGCGCUGCGUCGUAUGCGGAGCAGUACACCGACGCAGCGGUUGCCAAAAGCGGCAGCGGCGCCACAGGAGGCGUGACGGCAAAGACAUUCGCCGCGGCGGUGCCCGCGUUCGUCGGCGGGUUCCUGGCCAUGGCGGCAGUCCGGACGCUUGGCGACGCGCAGCUGGCGAACGGUGGCAGCGCGCUCUUCGCGUUCGACAGAACAAAGGUCCUCCUCUCCACCGGACUCGCGGCCGUCGGGCUUUCCGUCAACUUCGCCGCUUUCCACGGCGCCGGUCUCGCGCCCUUUGCCGUCGGGGCGGCGGGAGCGUCGGUCGUCGGCGGCGUCGGCCUGAGCGUGGCGCUUCUUAUGGCGAGCUUGGCGCCGGCGGUCUCACACUCCAUCACCUCCGACGGGACGCCUUCGGUGGCACGCUCGGCGGCGUACUUUCUGCAGCUCCAUCUCGACAGACAGACCUUCUUCUUCCUCUUGCUCAUCUGUCAUCAAGCCUCGCGGAUACGCGAGGACUGGAACCACAUCACCACCGCGUCACGACAGAUGGGGCACUGCUCCAUUCUGGCAGAGCAAACCUCGCACGCGCACAAGUGUCCGCACGGGAUCGCGACGUGCGAUUUGGCGCGGGUGAAGCAGAUGAUACAGGCUCCUUCUCGUCGGCUCGCCGACGAGCAGCAGCUGCCCAGAGCCACAGGGCGGUGA